UCCCGAGGGACAAACCACAGAACCCGUUCACGCCAGUCUUCUCUUAAACGCAAGAAUCGGACAGACGCCUGACACUGUAUUGUGGCAACAAUGGAACAGACUUACAAUUGUGGGAAGUACGCACAUCAAGCUCGAGAGGCAGUAAGAUGAUAUGAAGAUUGAGAUGAGGAAAAAGGCUCUUCUUAUCCUCAUCUAUCAACAUCUAAUGGGACAUGGCUAUCUGGCCACAGCGGCGGCCUUGGAACAGGAGAUGAACGGAGGCUUGAAGAAGUUUGAGGUGUGCGAAAAUGUCGAUUUGGAGAUGGUGUUGAUGGAGUAUGAGAGCUAUCACUUCGUCAAGUUCCAGAAGUUUCCCAAACUGAUCAAGAAAGUAGUGGAACCAGUCCUCUGUCAAGGUGAAAGCAGAAAUACGAAAAGUGGUGGAAAAAAGAGGGUUGCUUCUUCAGCUGCAAAGCCUCUGCCUAAAAGCCAGUUUCCAAACCUUGGUGGGGAAUCGAGACAGAACACGUCUGCUCCUGCACAAGCAUACGGCGAUGAUUUAUUUGGUGUCACUGUUUGCCCCAUCGCUUGUGCACAAGCUGGAGGAGCACUCGUGACAAACAAGAUCCCUGACAGCUCAGGAGGUAGAGGAGACACUGAGCAGGAGGAGCGACUGCUGAAACCCCUGAGUGGUUUUUCAGGAAUGAGCGGCGAAAUGACAGAAUUCGCCACGAUCAUCAAUAAGGACAUCUAUUUGCACAACCCCAACGUGAGGUGGGAGGAUAUCAUUGGACUGGAGGAUGCAAAGCGAUUAGUCAAAGAGGCCGUCGUCUAUCCCAUUAAGUAUCCCAAGCUCUUUACGGGACUCCUUUCUCCAUGGAAGGGCUUGUUACUCUAUGGCCCCCCAGGUACGGGGAAGACCCUGCUGGCCAAGGCGGUGGCUACUGAGUGUAAGACGACCUUCUUCAACAUAUCAGCAUCCAGCAUAGUGAGAAAGUGGAGAGGGGACUCGGAAAAACUGGUCAGGGUUCUGUUUGAUUUGGCACGGUACCAUGCCCCCUCCACCAUCUUUUUGGAUGAGGUGGAUUCUAUGAUGGGCCAGAGAGGAAGCAACAUCGUCGGCGAGCACGAGAGCAGUCGGAGGUUAAAAGCAGAGUUGCUGGUCCAGAUGGACGGUGUGUCAAAAUCAGAGGACCUUAUUUUUGUACUGGCAGCCUCCAAUCUGCCUUGGGAACUGGACCACGGCCUGUUAAGAAGACUAGAAAAGAGGAUUCUAGUUGGUCUUCCUCCUGCACCGGCCCGCCAGGCCAUGAUCGCACAUUGGCUGCCUCCUAAAUCCACAGGAGAGUUGCAACUCAAAGCCGAUCUUGACUAUCAACUUCUGGCAAAUGAGAUGAAGGGCUACUCUGGCUCGGAUAUCCGACUGGUAUGUAAGGAGGCUGCAAUGAGACAAGCCCGCAAAGUCUUUGAGGCUCUGGAAUCAAAUCAGGCUGGGAGAACCAAACAAGGAGACGCAGGCAUGCUGGCCAUGGAGCUCGAAACUGUGACAACGCAAGACUUCCUGGAAGUCUUGGCACACACCAAACCGUCGGUCAGCGGCGUGAUGGAUAAACACACAGCCUGGGAAAAGGAUUUUGAAUCCGUCUGAUCGACCCUCUUUCCAUUCACUCAAAGUUACUGGACAUGUUUGGCCUGUUUGGUUCAUAAACAUUUUACUUGGUGUGCUUUUUUUAAAUUCAUUUCCAGUUAGAAAGCACAGUGUUUACAUGAAAAAAAAGCUAAGCAUUUCUCAGCAAGCAGUCAUGAAAUAAUAUUGGGACUUUUUAUGCACCAUUAUAUGGAAAUAGUUAACAGAUGAAUAGCUG